ACUUGUUUUACAUUUCAAUAAUCCAGGCUUGAAUUGUUAAUAAUUUGUCGCGCGAAUGUGUCACUGAAUUCGUGAGUAAUAUUCAUUAUCGCGCUGGAGUUCAGAAGCCUAAUGGAUCAGAAAGUUCAGAGUCUUUUCGGAUCCGGUUUCACUGCCGAGGAGCUCGAUCUCACUUCAGAUUUGCUGCCUAUCGCCGAAUAUGUUGAAGAUCGCUCAAAAAUGAUAGAUCAAAUGUUAUCGUCAAUCCGAGUGCCGCUGUUGCGUUCUCUUCUUCCGUCCUAUUUACGGGAUACUCCUAUCGAUGAAUUGAAGGAGAUUUUGUUGCACGAGCUUUCUUCAAUUCCUAGGAAGGAUGUUCUUGAAGUUUUGAGUGAUGGCUCAUGUUAUGUACCUUUUUGCGAAGCCGUUAAACAACUAGAACUCAGCGUCACCCGGAAAUUGGAAAUCGUGCCUAGUAAACCGUUGCUGAAAGAAGCUCCUCGUCCAGUUCCCCCGCCUCUUUCGACGGAACCUAUAUUUUCGGAUCAGGAAGAACCGCAGACUUCUACCAUGUCUAGUAAAGACAAAGAAGCUAUUUUUCCCGACGCUUUCCCAGACGAAACGAUGUUCUCAGAAGACAUUACUAUCGAUGCUAGUCUCGAACAGGCACCUGAUAUGUACGAUGAUACAGCUGUCUACGGAGAUAUCGACAGUAAGCCGGAAAUUAAUGAGGACGAUUCCAUCGCUGAUAACUUCGAACGGCGGAACGUCGAAGGCAGAGUCUUCAGAGGUCGCCUUGGAAAUGAAGACGAAGUUCUUGAAGAGGAAGAGCCGGAAGAAGCAGCGGAAGACACAUUGGAAGAAGCCACCGAAAUGCGUAAAUGUAAGAAGAAUAAGCGAAAAAAGAGCCGGAAGAAACGUAAAGAGACGUAUUCGUCGUCUCCAUCUCCAGUUCGGGCCGCAGUAGAGCCUGAACCGGAACCAAAGGUCGAACCCGAGCCGGAGAUGAACCCAGGUUCCGAAGAGGGUGAGUUGGAAACCGACGAGGAGUUGGAAUCACUCGUGGAAUUGCGACAACGUGAAGAAGCCGAAAGAAUUCGGCGCGAGAAGCAACUCGAAAUGAUGCGCAGAAUCGCGCCGGACGAAUAUUACCGCUUGAAGACGGCCAUGGAGCCCUCCAGCGACGAGGAUGCUCGCAGCGUGAGCAGCACCGAGAACGACGUAUCAAUGCCUUGGAAUAGACCCGAGUACGGAAGAAGCGAGCGGACCCUAAGUCGCCGGGAACCGCUUGUUCAUCGCCCGGUCAACCCCAUUGAAUUGACCAACCCCGUACCUGACCACCCGGCAUACCAGUUCACAGCCGCGUUUCGAAUGCAGUCACAGGUGAAAGAAGAAGUGAAAGAAGACUCCUCGUCGUACUUGCGAGCUGUGAAAGACUCCCUGAAUGUCCUUGAAUCCGACGUCCGGAAAGCGGAGGUGGAAUCCAUGCACAACCUGACGAGUGCUCGAGUUAGUGACCUCAUAUCUGACGUGUCUGACGUAGAAAGACUAUUUUCUGUGACGACCGAGAAGGCAAACGUGUCAGAGAAUGAGUUGGUGACGUUGCGGAAACGUAUCGACGCUUGUUCUAGCGCCAUAUCGCUGCUUGAUCAGUUCGUGAGGUCUUCAAAAGCGUCUGUGAUCGGGGACACGGACUAA